CACGCAUUACUUUGCUAUGCACAGCGAUGAGCAUCCUUUGUCCUUGGAACUUUCCAGCUUGAAGGUGGCUGUAUCCAGAUUUCAGGAUGAAGCUCACAGCGCCUCCGUAAAACUGCAGCGGCAUUCCUUGAAUACCUCCAACUCGCACGAGAGACUCAUACAACUGGAACGCGAAAAUGCCGUACUCAAGUCGGAACUCAAUAUUCUCCGAGCUAAUCCGCAUCCAGAUACAUCCGAAUCUCAUCCAGCGGUUGUCCAAUCGCAGGAAUUGACGCUGGCGCUAAGGAGACUGUCGGACAAGUUAUCGCUCACGGAGGAUGCCCUAUUCGAGCGUACGACUGAACUCGCUCAUGCGAGUGCGGAGCUCACCAAGGCCAAAGAUACUGCAGAAGUGGCGUAUGCUUUAGCUGCGAGGAUCCGAGGGAGGGAAGAGGACGGUAAGGUUCGGGAGCGGGACCUCGAGAAUCAGCUCAGAGAGGCGCAGGAGCACAACAAGAUGUCCGAUCUUGUCGUGACCGAGUACGCUGAUUAUGUUCGCUCAUUCGAUGAUGGUGGCAGGACAUCAUCCAUGUCGCCCCGUUUGCCACCAAAUACAAGUCUUUCCGAAGCAAAGUCUGGUAUUCAUAAGUUGUUCGAGGAUUUCUCUUCGGAGGCCGAGGAGCUGCAAGCUAGGGUAGAUCACCUUGAAGGCGAACUUGCCAUUGUGCAUUCCAAAUAUGAGGCGGAGAUAAGGAACAAGGAGAACGACAGGGUAGAGCUCGCGAAAGCACAGGCCGCGCUAGAGAAGCUGACGCUGGAGGAUAACUCUGCUGCAAAAAUGGUGUCAAGAUACAUGAAAUUUUCCCAAGCGGUGACAAAUCGUCUGCAGGCGUCGCUUGUGUUCAUGAAGGAAAGGCAUGCCGCAACGGUUAACACUCUGAACACGCAGAUAUCCGUCCUGUCUUCUCAGCUCGAACAGUCCCGUGCCAAUACUGAAAAACUGAGACUCGCGCUCGACGAAGUGGGUGGCGACGUCAUGCGAGAAGCGUUUGGUCGUCGCAGAGAGAUUGCGUUGAGACUUCGCAUGGUCGCUCGGGAAGAGAGCAUUGAGGAGUGGCUUCGACGAUGGGCAUUACGUGCUGAAGAAGGUAUCGGGCGAGGGGAUGACGCGAGCAUGCUUUUGGAGAGGAUGCUUCGUGAUGCUCAUGGAUUUGCAGCAGGCCUUGAUGGUCCCUCUGAGACUAUGGGCCGAAUCAUUGUGGCUGAGAAUGCUGUGGAAACUUUGGUCGAAGAGUUACGCAUACAAACUGCUCGAAGGUUAGAACUGGAGAAGCUGGUCGUGUUGCCAACUAUUCCGGCUCUUCAGAAAAAUCUGCCGGAACCUCCAAUUUCAGAGGAGAGCGGAGAAGACCAAGAGGAGGAGGUGAAGGCGGCAUUAUUGGAAGCCGAGGAGCCGGAACCUUCCCAAGACCAAUUGAAGACAGUAAGAUUUCAUCAACCUUCUCCUCGUGUAGCGUCAGCGCCACAGUCUACAUCUAUUUUCGAUGAACUUGCCUCUUCCGAAUCUUCAUCUUCAUCCUCUACUCUAAUUACCAUGGAUUCCGUACCGUUUCCCUCCAAAGAAGAGCCGUUUUUACUUGCAGAGCUCCAGCAGGUCAGCCGACGUUACGAUGACAUGCAACGGGCCUUCCGUGAUUGCCAUCACGCACUUCAGGAUCUCAAGAAUCAACUGUUGGCGACUAACUCCAGCCAGGUUCUUCACACAGCAACGGAUCGGCUGAACGACUACGCAGAAGACGCUCAAGUCGAGCUCGAAAUCCGCAUCGCUGAUGAGGCUCUUCUUGCACGUGGGUUUGAGACAAUCUUAACCGUUUCUGGAGCGCUCUCAGACAAAUCCGGAGAGUCGCGGAUUCUGGAGGAGUUCCAGGAUCUGGAGGCACAAAUCGACGCGUUCGUUUCGGGCUCUGAUCCGGCUGUAAAGAAGGCGCAGCAGAACCUCUCACAGAAGCUAGACGACAUACAGCAUGAUAUUGCUGCCAUCAAACGGGCUUUACAUGAUCCAGAGCUUCUUUCGCCUAUACCCCCAUCGCCUUCCCCUGCUACUACUACUGGGUGGAUGUCAUGGGUGUCCCGCCCCUCGAGCCCUUCUCCCUCUCCAACGACAUUCGGAAACGUCAUGACGAGUCCGAAGCUGCGACAAGCGCAGCCCAUGAACUUCCAGACGCGAAAGGAUCCCUACGCAAGUCUGGGCCUACGUGUGUCGAUGCCCUCCCUCUCCCCACCUGUUUCCUCGCCGGACCAAGAUUAUACAUGGCGAGAAAGGUUCUUGGAGAAUCGGGGACCGAGGCCAAGAACUUUGAGCGCCAUGUACAGUCUUGGCCUGGCGAGGAACGCGAGUGGGACACUGCUGGGUGGCGGGUUUAUUCCGCCCACUCCUUCACAGGAGAAUCAUGUGGAGGAUGACUCGGAGGAGGAUGAAGAUGAUGUGGAAUGAAAGAUUGGCCUAUGAUUAAGGAAAUGGAACAUUUAUAGGAUAAUUUAUUUCAUAGAUUUAUAGUGAUUUAGUUGUAUCUGAGAGUGUGCAUCAUAUAUAUAUAUUUAUUUAUAAUUACAAGUGUUCCG